AUGUUGACUGACUUACAGUCGAGUUUACUUCAAAAUCCAGCACUUGCAUUUACAUUCAUGGUAUCCUCAACCGUUUUUGGGACUAUUUCAGGCGAAACAUCUGACGGCUUGAAGAACAAAGACGAUCAGUCGAAGCCAAAGGAUUGCGAUGAAUCCAAACUGACUGAGGCGCUCAAAUCCCUUCAGGUUGACCCGGUCACAGGAUCUGGGGAUCAGGAGAAACCGACAAUUGUUGCCGCAAACUAA